UUGUCUUUCCAUUUGGAUCCCUUUUUCUAAAGCUGGUGCUUCUUGCAUCACACAGCUGCUGCUGCUGUUUGGUGAUGUAGUAAUUGCAGGCAUGAACGCUGCUCGCAGGAGGCUGAGGGGUCAGAAAGACGUCAGCAGCACUGCACUCCGCACGUCUCACUCCAUGCCUGUGAUUAAAAUGAUUUGUCUUUAUACUAUGAGCCUCCUGCUGCCUGAGCUGAAUGACUUUUUUUUCUUCUUGGAGGAUUUUUCUAUUAAAUAGCUCUCUAGCCUGCUCUAGCAAUGCUGCAGAAUGCUUUGGGGUGUUUAAACCUGAGGAACAUGCCAGGACGAUAAUGGGAGUAUAUCAAAUAUGAACUUUGAAAGUAAUGCCCAAGGAUGCUAAGACGGCUUCCAAAGCUGCUUUGUUCAGAGUAGCGCACGCCUUUUGUGCUUUCAUCCCUGAGUUCAUUUCAUGUUGCUUUGUCUUUAACCUGCAGUGCAAGGCAGCCGGUGGCCCAUCCCGUGCAUCAAAGCUAGAAUCUGAUCUCUCGAAGAUGAGUCUGCAUGGCGCUAGUGGAGGAUAUGACAGAUCAAGAGAUCGUCGGAGGUCAAGUGACCGAUCCCGGGACUCUUCACACGAAAGGGGAGAGAGCCAGUUGACCCCGUGCAUAAGGAACGUCACCUCCCCUACUAGGCAACACCACGGUGAUCGAGAAAGGGAGCACAACUCUUCAUCUCGGCCCACCAGUCCCCGUCCUCAGAAAGCCUCUCCUAAUGGCUCCACUGGUAGUGGUGUCACCAGCAGUAGAAACAGCAGUCUGUCCAGCACAGAGGGGAACUGUAAGGCUGUUGGUGUUGGGGAGAUGGUGUUUGUGUAUGAAAAUGCAAAGGAAGGCACAAGGAACAUGAGAACCUCAGAACGAGUAACACUCAUUGUGGACAACACUAGAUUUGUAGUAGAUCCUGCCAUCUUCACCGCACAGCCUAACACUAUGCUGGGAAGAAUGUUUGGAUCUGGCAGGGAACAUAAUUUCACGCGUCCUAAUGAAAAGGGAGAGUAUGAGGUGGCAGAGGGAAUCGGCUCCACUGUGUUUAGAGCUAUUCUGGAUUAUUAUAAAUCUGGGAUAAUCCGCUGCCCUGAUGGAAUCUCUAUUCCAGAGCUGAGGGAGGCGUGUGACUAUCUCUGCAUCUCCUUCGACUAUAGUACUAUUAAGUGCAGGGACCUGAGUGCACUAAUGCAUGAGCUCUCCAACGAUGGAGCACGUAGGCAGUUUGAGUUUUAUCUGGAGGAGAUGAUCCUGCCGCUGAUGGUAGCCAGUGCCCAGAGUGGGGAGAGAGAGUGCCAUAUUGUAGUGCUGACAGAUGAUGAUGUUGUCGACUGGGAUGAAGAAUAUCCUCCACAGAUGGGAGAAGAGUAUUCACAGAUAAUUUACAGCACAAAGUUGUAUCGGUUCUUCAAAUAUAUAGAAAAUAGAGAUGUUGCCAAAUCUGUUCUGAAGGAACGAGGCCUGAAGAAAAUCCGAUUAGGCAUUGAAGGUUACCCCACAUACAAAGAAAAAGUGAAAAAGAGGCCAGGUGGCCGCCCAGAGGUGAUUUAUAAUUAUGUCCAGAGACCCUUCAUCAGAAUGUCUUGGGAAAAGGAGGAAGGGAAGAGUCGGCAUGUGGAUUUCCAGUGUGUGAAGAGCAAAUCCAUCACUAAUUUAGCCGCGGCUGCAGCGGACAUUCCCCAGGACCAGCUGGUGGUGAUGCACCCCACCCCACAGGUUGAUGAGCUGGAUAUCCUCCCGAUUCACCCCCCACCAGGCAACAACGAUCCCGAUCCUGAUGCACCGUCUCCUGCUGUCUGAAGAAGAGCCACAUCUUGAAAUCACAGCAUGCUGCUGUCGGAGUGGCACUGCUAUCUGAAUAGCUCACAGUUUAUCCACAGCCUUAGAUGUUCAAAUAAAUGAUGUGACACCAAAAAAGUGAUGCGUUUUAAUUUACCACCUUUUUAUUUCCAAAGGAGUAAACUAGUUAAUUCUACAAAACUAUAUACAGCAAGUGGCAAAAAAAGGAAAAUAAUGUAAGUUUUCAUACUUGAUUCUUUUGACAAGCCCACUGUUUUCAAUGCAGCCUGGCAGCAUUAAGUGUUUACCGGUUGGGGCUUUUGCGUUGUUUGGUGCUUUUUGUGUUUUCAGUUGGCUUCCACUAGCAAAGUUUUGAACAUUUACAUGUAUCUGAGGAGGUGAAUCAAAACGCAAGGGAAUUGAGCACUUAUUAAAAGAACAGCAUUAUAGUGAUGCGUGGGGUUUAACUGAUUGGUUUCAGGGUUGUUUUUUUUAUAUGCUUUUAAAGAUGUAUUCAGCUGAAUGUGUGUCCUAAUGUCAGGAUCCGUUUUUGUUUGUUAAGACUUAAUAUGUUUUAAUAAAGAAUUCAAAGGCA